UCGCGUCGCGUCGGUUGCGUGGACACCGGGCAUCGGGCGCUCACGUGGCUCCCCACUUUUCCUUCGGUGCGUGAGCCUGCUCCCUACCGACACGACGACGACGACGCUCCUUUCGCCGUGGCUUCGGCAGCACAGCUCCCCCCACCCUGUGUCCUCGCGUGGCUAUUCCCCUCCAGAGCGUGUGCUGCUCUGUCCUCGAAAGCUCGGGCACGACGGCAGCGCCGCCACGCCUGCCGCUCCGCAGUAACGCGAUUGCUCUCGUCGAGAAUACGACUAUCUUGCGGAGAGUGCCGCUCCGUUGUUCCGUGACACGCAACGCGCGCGUUGUCCCGCGUCGUUCGUGUUUCUGCCUCUCUUCUUCGUUCUCUUCUUCCCCUUUUCACCCCUGUCUCCGCAUCCUUCCUCGUCUGUUGCAUUUGGUGUCGAUCGCGCGCACGGUGACUCGUCGACGAGUGUUUCCACAGUGAUCGUCCCGCGAUACCACACAUUCGUGCUGUUCGUGCUGUUCGGAUUCGUGUUGUUCGUUUCUCGCACACACACACACAAGCCUGUCUGUCUCUCUCUCGUUCUUUGCAUCGCGCGCGCGCGCGCGAGAAAGAGAGAGAGAGAAAUAGAGAAUCGGAGUACGUCGGAGAGUUGGUUUUUCGGAGUCGAUUCAUACAGAGAGAGAAAGAGAGAGAGAGAGAGCAGCCGGUGUUUCUAUCCAGUGGUAGAAAGGACCAUAGAGCGAGGAGAUCUCUCGGAGUCGCGAGAAGCGUCACGGAUUAUGCCGAGACGCGACCAAGAGAGAAUAGCAGGGAAGCAGCGUGGUUGUGAUCGCGUGGGCCUGAUGUUCGGGUCGCCUAGCGGCGACUGAGUUCGGGAUGCUAAAAGUUCCCGCGGGAGUCGGCGGCGAGAACGAGUGUGUUGGCUGAAGGAGGAGAGAAGAAGGCCGGCAGGAUGAGCGGGAGACGAGGUGUUGUGCUGGUCCGCGACGUAGGUGCGCAUCGCGACGCCGACGACGUGACGGCCACGUGCCCCCUACGCGGAUGCCUGUACGCUACUUGUCGCCACUGAAUUGCCGUUCGCUGUUCUCUCUUACGUCGUGUACUACGAACGAACGUCGUACUUGGUGCAGACAGCACACAGUAAUUGUGUACGAGCGAAACGGUGACCGCCGUUUUUCGUAGAAACGAGUUCGUAUUUGCCAAGUGUUUGUUUUAUUGUGAUUCCUCGAUAGAUGGAGCAUAGAGUGUAUCGGUGAUCUUUUUUUUUUCUUCUUCUUCCACGUACAUACGUAUUCUCGUAUCCUCGUAAGUGCGCGGUGACUCGCUUGAUCUUGUUUUCUGGUUGGUUUCUGUUGUUCUGGCGUGACCGAAGAUCAGUUUGCGGAAAAUCGUUGGAUGACUUUGGUCGUUCGCGACAGACGCGAACAGGUGGCACGCGCUUCUCUCGAAUCUUUCGACGCCGGUGAAAGGAGCGAGAAAGAGGACGCUGGUUGGCGUUCAGAUCGGUGAUGAACUGGGUUGUGUCACGGGACACUGUUAUACUCGAAACCGGAGUAUCGAGAAACUGGAGAUCGAGCUUGAUACCACGAGGUGCCGUCCCUUCCGUCCUAGUACCGAUCUCUGCUUCUUCGAAACGUACAAAGUGCGUAGAGUGUUGUGAUUCGUAAAUAAUAAUAACCAUCACGGUGUGCGCGGAUGCGGAUAGUUCGCAGUGAUUGCACGCCGCGUGGAUCUUGCGUGGAUCCUCCAAGUGGGAUCCAUUCCGUGGUUUCUCGUUCGAAAUCGUCAACGGACACGCUUCUCUGAAACAGUGAAACAUACACGAGUGUGGGACUUCAACGAGGGAUAUACAUACAGGAUCUCGGAUACAGGAUCAAAUCAAUUGCAUCAAAUCGAACAACAAGUGGAGUUGGCAAGUCGCAGCGAGAAGUGGAAUAUCUCUGGAGGAGGGGAUCGUGAGAUAUCGUGAGAUUCCCGCGCUCGUCGUCGUACCAUAGUCAUCAGGCCGACGGGAGUUCGAGGAGAGGGUGAAGGGCGUCGUGGAGGGGGGAGUGAUGCCGGUGAGGGUGGCACAGCGCCCCCCAGGUGGAAUACCACUGCACGCCGGCGUGCCGGUAGCGCCCAGCAGCGUAACCGCCUCCGGUCCGUCGGGCCGGUGCCUCGGGGGCCCGGCAGCGCCCCCCGCCGGCUCGCCACCGCUGCCGCCCUCUCUGCAAGCGCUCGGCGGCGGUGUGAGCAACAACGCCAACAGCAACACCGCCGGUCCCGCCAGCAACGGAUCCAGCAACGGUAACCACGGCCUUCAGAACACCGGCAACGCCAGCGUCAACAACGCCAACAGCAUAGUCGGCACCGCGAACAACGUCGGUCUAGGUGGAGGCGUCAGCACGACGAGCGGCGCCACGAAUCCCUUGCAGGCGAUGGCGUCGGCGGCGGCCUCGCUAACACAGCUGAACAACAUGGCGAAUGGCCCGCUGCCGCCGCUAGCGGCCACUGGACCCACUGGGCCGCCUAGUUUGCCGCCUCCGCAGCCGGCCACCACGCCGACACACGGUGGCCCACCGACGCCGCACGCCGGUGUCACCGGUGGGCCCCAUUUGAACGGAGCGUCCCCGAGUCCUCACCCAAUGCCACCCCACGGUAUGAUGAGCGGAUCGCCUCACGCGCCCCACCCGCACAUGGGUGGCGGCGGUCCCUCGCCUCAUCCUCACCAUCCCGGGCCCCACAUGGUCGGCUCGCCGCAUCAUCCUGGUCCGCAUCCGAUGGGACCCACAGCCAGCAUGAUCGGGGCCGGUAUGCAGCCGCAAGGCGCGCCUGGCAUGUGCGGCCCCGGACCCACCGGCCCAAUGGGGCCGCACGCUCAUCCCCAAGGACCUGGAGUACCCGGUCAACCUCACAUGCACAACGAUCCAUUUUACUGCUCGCCUUUCGGAUCCCACUACUUCAGAUCGUCUCCUGUCCGCAGGAGACAUACUCCGUACUUUGGCCAGCCGGACUACAGGCUCUACGAGUUGAACAAGAGGUUACAGCAGCGUACAGAGGAGAGCGACAAUCUCUGGUGGGACGCGUUCGCGACCGAAUUCUUCGAGGACGAUGCAACCUUAACCCUCACGUUCUGCUUGGAGGAUGGUCCCAAGAGAUACACGAUAGGCAGGACGUUAAUACCUAGGUACUUCCGUUCGAUAUUCGAGGGCGGAGUGACGGAACUUUACUACAAUUUGAAACACCCGAAGGAAUCAUUUCACAAUACCAGCAUAACCCUCGACUGUGAUAACUGCGUUAUGGUCACGCAUCACGGAAAACCGAUGUUCACGAAGGUAUGUACGGAGGGUAGAUUAAUAUUGGAAUUCACGUUUGACGACCUCAUGAGGAUAAAGUCGUGGCACAUGUCGGUGAGGACGCACAAGGAACUGGUGCCGAGGACCGUGGUCGGCAUGCAACAGGACCCGACGAUGCUCGAGCAGCUUAGCAAGAACAUCACAAGGCAGGGCAUCACCAAUUCCACCUUGAAUUACCUUAGGUUAUGCGUGAUCUUGGAGCCGAUGCAAGAACUGAUGUCGAGGCACAAGGCGUACGCGUUGUCACCGCGGGACUGCCUGAAGACGACCUUGUUCCAGAAAUGGCAGAGGACGUUUGCCCCGCCGGGUAAGAGAGAGUCGCAGAGGCCGGCCAGUAAGAGGAGAAAGCGAAAGGGCAGCACGUCGGGUCCGGGUAACAACGCGCCGCCAGCGCCCAGCAAAAAGAGAUCACCGGGACCGAAUUUUUCACUGGCGUCACAGGACGUGAUGGUUGUCGGUGAACCGUCGCUGAUGGGAGGGGACUUUGGCGAAGAGGACGAACGGGUAAUCACGAGGUUGGAGAACACGCAGUACGACGCGACGAACAGCUUGGACCCGCACAGUCACGACACGCCCGGUGGACCACCUCCGCAUCCGCAUCAAUUCCACUCGGAACCGACCCCGGGUAACUCCUGGCCUCCGGACCGCGGUCCUGGACCGCCACAGGGAGGACCCGGCAGUCAGGUUGAUGCGAGAAAAUACCGUCUGAUCAAGGGGAGCAAGUUCGAAUUCGCAAUGCGUUGAAAGGAUGAGUUACUCGAACUCGAAUCACGGUCGACUUUCAACAGUCGCCUUCUGAGUUUGCAUAUUCUUAAGCUGAGGAUCGAGUUCGAGCUAACCAGCAAAUUCAACGAGCUGACGAGAUAUCCACGAGAAGCCGGAGAAGUUACAGCGUAUUACGUCGUUCGUAGUAAACUACUCUGUCAGCCAAACGAAAUGAUUUAAAAAAAAAAAAAAUAAAGAAAAAAGAAAAACACUUGUAACGCAGUUUCGUGUCAUACUAACAGAAACAUUUAAGCACGAGGCAUAAAAAAGAAAUUCGUGGCUCGGGUUGGACUUCGUCGACGACCGAAUAGAGACGUCUGCUGGUCAACAGCAGGAAUACGGACGAAGAAGAGGAGGAACGUUAGACAACGGGGAAGAGGGCACGAACGUCGGCGUUUCAUCACGUCCAUUGAACUCUGCGCUUUCGGGUGGUUCCACUUGUGGAUGCACGCGUGCGUCGCGGACGCGACAGCGAACGAUAGCGAAACUUCUUUUCCGAAAUAUGUACAAAGUCAUCGUAUACACGCGUCAUGCACGACACACACAGACACACACAUACACACACGGUCACACACCAUUUUUUACAUCGGAGAACGACCGUCCGUCCUCCGAUUCUAUUCUGUUUUUUUUUUUUUUUUUUUUUCGAGUAAAACGAUCAAUUGCCUUGCGAGAUUUUCACCUGCGUGUCCUAUACUUUCGCUCGUUUAGUUAUUUGUAUAGGUGUUGUCGAGACGCGAGGAUGGACACACGAGCGAAAAUGAGGAGAACAGCUGGGAGCGUAACGACACACCACUUACGACUACACACUUACACUUACACUUGCGACUAUACAGAUUGAAUUAGAUAGAUAAGCUACGCGUGAAGCCAGUACAGUCCCACAGCGUGACAGUGUGCGAAGAGGAAACAUGAAUUGAACGAAAGCAAUGGAAAAAGAAGUAGAAAAAUAGUGCGAAGGAGAACGAGAGGAGACGAGUGUGUUUCUUAAAAAUAAAAAUAAAAAAAUAAAAAAAGAACGGAGAAUUUAGCGUGUCUGGUCGAAAACGAUUGCGAUGUCGAGCGUUGUCUUGAUUUCAGGGGUGAGAAAUUAUUAGGGGAUGAGAGAGGAAGAAUUUGGUGUGUGCGAGCGAAGAGUGCGUGCGAUUACACGAGACUAAGUGUGAGAAGAAAGAAAGAAAAAAAAACUAGUGUUUUAAAGUGUGAGAGAGUAAGGUUUAAGGGAGAGAGAGAGAGUGAGAGAGAGAAAGCAGGAUUUAAAUGCGACCGAUUGAUUAUUUCGACACGAGCAUGCGGUGGGUUUUAGGAUAAAUGAUCUAUUGACAAAUGUUGUAUAUUAUUACGAAUUAUAAUGACACUAUUAUAAUUAAUUAAUUAAUUAAUUAAUUAUACCCUAAUUACGUGAAUUGAAUUUAAAAGAAAAAUAACAAAAGAAUAAAAAAAGAAAAAAAAGAAAAAAAAGAACAUGAAAGAAAUGAAAGACGAAGCGACAGAAGACGAACAAAGCGGAAAACGGAAGUAUAUGUAUAUAUAUAUAUAUACACACAUAUAUAUGUAUAUACACGCAAGAACCGAGACGAUAGAUGAUAUAACAUAGGAAGGGAAAUUAUAAUUCGAAAGGGGAACGAAUUCCAGUCGUUUGCAAAGCACACACGGAGCCAGAGAAUCGCAAUAGCUCGAGGCUGCGAACUUUUGAAAACGAACGCACAUUGAGACAAGGUAUUUAGCCUCGUUGUCGCGCUCUGUUGGAACGAAUGAAUUUAAAAAAUAAAAGGAACGAGAGGAAAGAAGAAAAGAAAAGAAAAGAAAAGAAAAGAAAAAAAUCAAAAGGUUCGAGCGUGGUGGUGGUGUGUUUUCUGACGAGUGCCGGAAGGACCGAACGCUUUGCCAACGAGAAGUGCAUCGACCAACAUUUUCCAACGAAAACCCAUUCUCUUCUGUCGAGUUUCUCUCGCUUUCGUACCGCGAUCAUUAACAUUGCGCGAACCCUGUACAUUCUUCGACUUUGUAAAUUUUUCUGCUAGUAAACGAAUUCGGAUUUUA